AUGAAGAGUUUCAGUUCUGUUGCGGCUAAGUCCAAUUGUAUUCAGUUACAUCGGUUUGUUCGUUUGGGGGAUAAGGCCGAUAGCCAGGUGUUUACCUUCAUUGUACCGUCUCAGUUAACUCGCCGUUUUAUCAAUACAGCCCAAUCAAAAGAAUUUCCUUAUGGUGGGCAGAGUUGGCAGUUACAGCUCUGUCUUCAGCAAGAGGAUUCUUCUUCAAAGUCAAGUGAUGACGGUGGAGCAAAUGGAAACGAGAUUCAAAAGUCCACUGGACCGAAGAAUACCCUAAGUGUUGGUCUUGGACUAUGUGGUGGACUUGCUGGGAUGCAUUGUCAGUUGGAGCUGAUCCGAUACACAAUUCUUAAUCGAGAAUCCAUUCAUUGUAACAGAACGUACGAAGAAAGACACGUUGCCUUUACUGCCGACGACCCAUUGCGUUGGAAACAUGGGUGGAUUAGCACAGACCGUUUAUCAGCCGAGCACUUUUACUUCGACGACUGGACAUGGUUGAUUGAGGUGGAACUCCAAGGCGCCACUACUAUUUAUGAAGAAAGCUUCACUCAUCCUAAACUCACUCCAAAGGAUACGGCCGAUGGCUAUCGGUUCGAGUCCGCUAGUUUUACGUUCUCUGGAUCCGACUGGAACGUAACUCUAAGUUGGAACACGAUAGACAAUAAAAAGCACAGUAUCGCGUCUUUCAUGCGACCCGUUAAAGGCAUCAACGAACCUUCUGGCAAUACAGGUUGUCCCAUAAUGAAGCUGCAACGUCAUAGUCGAACGAAUCAUUGGUGUCGCGUACGCUACAAAGCUACUUUAAUUUGGGGAGCCUUGGGAGAGGCCAGUUUCGGACCAGUUGAUCAUCUCAUCACUGCAGACAACGGUGCAACUACAGCGGGCAGUGAAAUUGGUGAUGCAAAAUGGUUUACCGCUGGACAAAUGCCACCUAAACAGCGGAUCAAAAUUAUAAUCGAAAUGUUAGCUGCGGCUCCUGUCUCUCGAAUUGACCUAAUUCCAAUUGCCCCUCAAGGAGGAAAGAACUUUGCCCGAUGUAGAGAUCCAGAUGGCCAUGACUGGAUGGUUCUUAGCGACAUUUUUGGAACUCUGGUUCGAUUGCGAUUCUUUCCUGUAGUAGAGAUCCACCACUUCAAUGGCCAGACCAGCAGUAAUGAUGGCAUCACGAAAGAUGGCUCAUUGUCUCAAAUGCCUGAUAGACCUUGUGAAUUGAGAUGUGUGGCAUGGAACGUGCAUUUGAUUCCCCAUGAAUCCUCAAGAGGUGUCGUGAAGGCUUUAAGCUCUCCCUACGUUAGUUAUGUUCCAACAUUUCGAUGCUCUGUCAGCGGAUCUGACUAUAACAGGCGGGCGUCAGCCGAUCUUUCAGCAGAUAAUCAGCAGAUGAUGAUACACCCAGAUGAAGUCACAGAAGUUGCCUUAGAUCUACCUGUUGAAAAGGUAAGAAUUCAAAUUUCUCGUAUCAUACUUAUGUCUCACAAUCAACGGGAACUACGAGCUUUGCAGUUGGAAAACUACGAAUUGGAAAAGCAAUUAUACAUGAGCAAUGCUCCAAAUUCCAUUGAAUUAAAUGUGCCAGAAUUACAGGCCUCAGCGCUCUCACAAUCUCUGAAACAGCUGAGUGGAAACUCAUCAUUACCCUCUUCCCCUGAACUAUCCACCACAACGCAGAAAUCUUCAAACAACAAACGUGCUUCAAAUAUCGGAGUAGGUCGACGAUUACCUGAUGCAUCUAAUUUGACUUCACCGAAAAAUGGAGGAUUUCUCUCAGCGAAUAAUAACAUGAAUGUUCGAAGACAUAGUUCCACCUUUGGGGGUGGUAUGGAAACUCAAGGUCGUCCAAGACGCUCGUUGCCGAGUCCUGGUGUUCAAAAUAAUAACGCUGUUGGAGGAAGUGGUAGUGGAAGUGGCAGCGGUUGCGGAACAAGUUGGAGAAAUCAGAAGCGCUGCGUGGGUGAUGAAGAUUUCUCUGAAGGUUACAAAAGCAGGGAGGAUAGUCCUGUUCAACAGUUACUAAAUGUUAGUGCCAACGGGGGUAGCACGGGGAAUGUCACCAACAUGAGCUCACCAAUUCGAAAUCAACCUUAUGUAAUGAGGAAGAACAGAGAUCGACAAACACACCAACUUCGACCACACACAGCAACUUCAGCGACAUCACUGGCUCAUCCAGGAAAUAGGGAUCAACCACAGAGAUCCCUAACACCGACAUUGGUUUUCAGUCUCUCCUCAGAAGACAGUGUCUCUGGCGGUGGAGGUGGCAAUAUUAGUGGCUAUUAG